AUGGCUCGCAAUGAGACUGUGGAAUAUGCUAUUAAAGUUGAUGGGAAUUCAGAUCUCCCACAUUAUGAACAAGAAAUUUUGAGCAGAUUGACGCAUCCAACAGGUUCUUCUUAUGCACUUUUGUUAUAUCCACGUG